UGCGCACUUUGCGUAUUCAAGUAUUCUUUCUCUCUCUACAUCUCUCUCUCUCUCUCUCCUAACCCCACUAUACUUAACAUUUUCCGUUGACUGAACAGAAGCAAGCAAAAUCUUCUCUCCCCCCACUCAACCUAUACAUACAUAAUCUAUACACAAAUCUGCCCCCGCACGUGCUCUCCGGCGACCAUCUCCGGCACGUGCAUCCGGUGGUUACAUCUUUGAAUCCUGGUUUAGUUGUACCUAAAUCUUCGUCCUUUGUCCCCAAUUUUGACGAAACCGAGGGUUUUGGGGGAAAUUAGGGCAAAAGUGCUUUUAGCUUGUGAAGUUGAGCUUUUGCUUCUGGCUUUUUGUUCGUGAGGGUUUUUGGAAUUCUUCGUUUGCUUUAUGUUUUGCCAGCUCAGUUAAUUGGUAAUUUUGGUUGUGGAUUUGAAUUUUUGGGUUGAUCUGUUGAUUUAUAUUCAAGUUUUUUUUUUUUUGAAUUUUGAAGUAGUUUCUGGGAAAUAAGUAUGUUUUGUAUGUAAUUUAGUUUUGUAAUACUUGUGAUAAUUUAUUUUGAAAGUGGAGAUUAUGAAGAGAUUGAGGUCAAGCGAUGAUCUCCAGUCGUACGGGGAGAAGGCGCCUGUGAAAGAUUGGGGAAGAAGGGAGGAAGACCCUAGUUCGCAGCAACGCUCGUCUUCGUCUCUGCAUAGGAGUUCUAAUUACAGGUCCUCCGACGGUGGGAGAAAGGUUGUAUCUUCAUCAACGUCUAGGUACGAUCGGUUGGAAGAUGACAGGGAAACCCCAAAAGUGGUUAGAAAACGACCGGAUUACGAUUUGGAGAAUUACGACCGGAGGAAGAGCUAUGAUCGGCAUAGAGAUGUGAAUGAGAGAGGGAUUCUGAGCUCUUCGCCAAGGGGUGGCUAUGGAAUGGGUCAGAUGCAUCGAUCCGAGAGCUUUUCUGGACCGAGGAGAGAUUUUCCAAAGGGGUUUAGGUCAGAGAGGGAUAGGCCAAAGAGGGAUGGUAUUGCUUCUUCGUGGAGGAGGUUCGCAAGUGGGAAAGAAAGUGAUGACGGGGCGAAGAGUGGGAAUGAAGGGGCAAGAGGAAAUAGAACUGAAUCUAAAGAAGUUGUUGGGAAGUCAAAGUCACCCCAAGUACUUAGAGAUGCGAAAUCUCCAGCUUGGUCGAAGGAUUCUGGGAGUGAGCGGUCGAAGAGUGUUGAAGGAAAGAAAUGCGAAGACAUGCCGCCCGUGGAGAGUGGUGGGCCCAGCAGUGAUCGAGAAGAAGGGGAGCUGGAACCUGAUCCUCAGCCUCAUAUGCCUUUGACUGAGCCAGUUGGUGAAGAUAUUGCUUCUGUUGGGAUGAACUCUUCUCAAAAGGAGAUCGACAGUGAAAACCGCGUUGAAAACGAUGUUUCACCGGACAAAGAGAAUUUCUUGUCAGUGGAAAAAGAGGACGUGAGUAAAGGGGGCAGCUGCGAGGAGCAAGAAGCGGAAGAUAUAGUAGUAUAUGAGGAUGUCAAAGAUGUUUCAAACAAAAAUGAUGACUUGCCAGAUUGUCGGGAUACAUUGUUUCAAGGGGCAGGUGGAAAUAAAGAUGAUAAUGGUACAAACGGGGAAAAUGGUGGCGACAAUAAGGUAGUGGAGGCCACUAGAGAAAGCUGUUUGGAGGAGGAUGCUGACAGUACAAGUGAUGAUGGCAAGUUACUAUCUUUACAAGAGGAUGGUGGAAACAGGGGUACUAGCAUUGAAAUGAAUGCAGAUGACAUUGUCAUGACUGGAAGUUUGGAAAUAACACCUGGAAGUGAACUGCCAUCCACGGAGAAUACGACCCGGAAUUUAAAGGAUAAGGGCAAAAGUGUUGCUCUUGUGCCCCAUCAUACUCCUCACUUCACAGACACUAAUUUCGAGGUUGAGGACAAACCAAAGGACCUUGCAGCAAGUGAAGACUUUGAAAUGGAAGGGCCAAGUACCAGAGGAUUCCAAUUUUUAUCCACCGAUCCGAUUAAGAAGCCAGAGAAAGUUGAACAAUUAACUCACCACAAGCCUAAAGAUGAAAAAUUGGCGCUUGAGCUUUCCCUUAGCUUGCCCAAUGUUUUGUUGCCUAUUGCUUCUCAGAAUAGAGGACAGGCUCCUGGUUCUCCUAGCCAUGCCAGAAGUUUUCAAUCUUUUGCUAGCUCGUUUCGGACCAAUUCUGACGGAUUUACAGCUUCGGUGUCGAUUUCUGGUUCUCAGCAGUUCACUCACAACCCGAGCUGUUCCCUGACUCAUAAUGCACUUGAUUUCGAGAAAUCGGUUGGAAGUAAGCCGUUGUUUCAGGGAGUCGAUUGGAAAGCUUUAUCUCUCGAUGAGAAUAAGAAUAAAGAACCUCCAGCUUAUGAAGGAAUGACGUCAAGAGAAAAUGGCUUGCAUCAACAGUCUCAAUUAUCGCAAGGCAACUCCAAAAUAUCAACUGGACUUGAAAGACAAUUAGGUUUCAGCAAACAUGUAUCUGGAGCACAGGGUUUUGUCUCUUACGAAAGUGGACAAGAUUACUCCAAAGAUAGAAGGCAAUUAAUGCCAGAUAGAGAUAGUGGUAGUUUACGAAGGAGCAAAGGCCCAGACAGGAAAGAUCAAGUAUUGGUGGUUGGAGCUGACUUUGCUGAGUCAAUAGUUACUAUGAUAGUUUCUGAACCUCUGAACACAAUGGCUCGAAAAUUCAAUGAUAUGACCGAAAAACACAUGGCAUGCGUGAAAGAGUUUGUGCGAGACAUCAUCUCAAAUCCAGGCAAGCAGUGGCAGCUGAGUGCUUUGCAGAAGGCGUUACAGAAUAGGGCCGACGUUACCCUUGAUAUGCUACUGAAUGCAAAUCGUACUCAAUUGGAGAUCUUGGUGGCUUUGAAAACAGGGCUUCAAGAUUUUCUUAUGCAGAAAUACGACAUCCAAUCUUCUGAUCUGGCGGAGAUAUUUCUCAAUAUGAGAUGUAGGAAUCUCAAUUGCAGGAGCCUUCUGCCUGUGGAUGAAUGUGACUGCAAAAUAUGCAUGCAGAGGAGCGAUUUUUGCAGGGAGUGCAUGUGUCUUGUGUGCUCGAAGUUUGACAUGGCAUCUAACACGUGCAGUUGGGUUGGGUGUGAUGUAUGCCUACAUUGGUGCCAUGCGGAUUGUGGGUUACGAGAAUCUCAUAUCAGAAACGGGCGUAGUGCAACAGGUGCUCAAGGCACUACAGAAAUGCAGUUCUACUGUGUUGCAUGCAGUCAUCCGUCUGAGAUGUUCGGUUUUGUGAAGGAAGUUUUCCAGAACUUUAUCAAAGAAUGGAAGGCGGAAAACCUUUUUAGAGAACUUGAAUAUGUAAGGAAACUGUUUUGUGCCAGCAAGGAUGUAAGAGGGAAACAGCUGCAUGAAACCGCUGUCAGGAUGCUGUCUAAAUUGGCUAAUAGAGCAGAUCUGCAGGAGGUGCAAAGCCAUAUCAUGAAUUUUUUCACUGAAAACAAUCCAGACAGGCCUGUGAAAAUGUCAAAUGAAUCCAGAAAGGAAUUGCCGACCAAAAACCAAGAAGUCAGUAACGGAAUUGCGGGUCCCAGCCAAGGAGCCAGCUGGAUGAAGUCUUAUCCAGAUAAAUCUCAGCAAUUGGAAAAAUGUGGCAGUUUACUUCCUGACUUAUUUCCUGAUUUUGAUAGCAAUCGGAAUGAUACAUACACAGCGAACAUGGAUAUCCGAAGAAAUGCUCAGAAAGUACCCAUUUUUGACGAAUUGGACAGCAUUGUGAGAAUCAAACACGCAGAGGCUAAGAUGUUCCAAUCGCGCGCUGAGGAUGCAAGAAAGGAGUCCGAAGCUCUGAAGCGCAUAUCAGUCACGAAAAGUGAAAGAAUCGAAGAAGAAUACACAAGCCGAAUCACAAAGCUCCGUUUGGCUGAAGCUGAGGAGAUGCGGAAGCAAAAAGUCGAAGAGCAGCAAACUCUCGAGCGAUCGUACCAGGAGUAUUUCAAUAUGAAAAUGAGGAUGGAAACAGAUAUAAAGGACCUUCUGUUGAAGAUGGAAGCUACUAGAAGGAACCUCACCAAAUGAUUGACAGGCUCGAUUUUCUAAUCGGUGAGUGCUCUCUCGAAUAAGCUUUUCUUGAUCUACCUGUAGGGUUUACUUUCUAUUUACUGCAGUUUUUAGUGCUGACUAGAAUAUGUGUACAGAGGGUAGCCACCUCCCUUAACUAUCUCCGUAACUUUUGUAGUUACGGACAGAAUCGAAACGGAGAAAUGGGCUAUCGAUCGAACUUUAUUUAGUGUAAUUUUUUACUUUCAUGCAAAUAGAACAAGGUAGAUUCAAUUUGUUGUCUUGGAAAAGAUGUAACUUCUGUAUUCUGUCUUUAUUGUUUAUGUUAUCUUCUUAUGUUAUGCCUUUAAUAUU